UUCCCUUAAAUUUUACAGUUUUCAGAUCCUAAUUUAACUGUUCUUUUGGACCACCUGUAUCAGUUCCCUGUUCUUCCCCAUUUAACAAUGGAAGUAGAAAGACCAAAUCUUCGUAAGAAAAGGAAGGUUGAUUGGUCAUUCCUUCCCAAAGACCUCUUCGAUUUAAUUGCCAAGAGGUUACGUCCUGCCGAUCUGAUCAAGGUAAGCUGCGUUUGCAAUUCCUGGAGAUCAAAUUCUCAUCCUUUCCAUCUUUGCCUGGUACUCCCCUGCCACAACAUCAUUACCAUCGACGAUGACAACGAUGAUGACAACAAGAACAGCAAAGAUGGCGAAAUCAAAAGUUCCUCCGAUCCUGAAAAAGCCCUUAGCUUUGUGGGUUUCGUCAAUCUUUCUCAACCGAGUCGCAAGGUUCAUAAACUCCAAAUCCCAGAGGUAAAUGGAAGUACAAUCUUGGGAUCAUCGGCAGGAUGGCUUGUAACAUUGCGUGCCAAUGGAGCAAUUCGCUUACUACAUCCUUUCAGCAGAGCCAAGAUUCAGCUUCCGCCACUCAAGCUUGCAAGAUUUGGGGGUUCCAUGUCUAAGAUAAGUAAAAUGAGUAUAGAGAAGGUUAUUGUUUGUUCAGGCUUAGAUGGAAAAUCUUUAAUCUUGUGUAAGUAUGCAGGGAAAUUGGCUUUUUAUAGGCCUGAGACUGACCAUAAUUGGGUUUCCUUUAAGCAUUAUCGCGGCGUAAUAGAAGAUAUAGUAUCAUACAAGGGUAGGUUUUAUGGUAUAAGAAUUGGUAGAAACAAAUGCCAUAUAUGUGUAGCUUGUGACCUUGAUGAUCCUUCUCCAGCAAUGGAAGAAGUUGUGGAAAUUCCCAAGUAUAGUGGUUAUAUACAGUACUAUCUGGUGGAGUCUUUGGGAAAUCUGUUGCUGGUUCUGAGACAUCUUAAUUGGCCUAUUGGUUAUGAGACCAGUAAUUUCACUGUUUUCAGGCUAGAUAAUGGUGGGAUGGUGAAGCUUAAAGACUUAGCUGGUCAGGCAUUGUUCUUGGACUGUAAUAGUGCAUUCUCUAUCUCUGCUUCUGAUGAUUUCGCUGCAAUCAAGGGGAAUCACAUCUAUUUUGUUACUACCUGUUUACCUAAUGAAGACUGGUUUGGGUGUUGUGAUAUGGAAGUGUUCAACUUAGAGGAUGAAACCUUUGAAUCUUUUGACUACAGUGAUGAGCCAGAGUUGAUUAUGAAUGCACCAAUGGUUUUUCCCACAAACCCAUGUUGGAGAGGUGGUUUGGGGUUCAGGAUGGUAUAAAACUUUGUUGAUAGUACUUCUUCCUACUUCACUUAUUAUGCUUAUCUUAAAAGCCUGUUUUGGCUUUGUCUUAUGUUUUCUUGUGUAAUUUCAUCUUUCAGUUAUAUUUUAAUUUAACUUCCCAUCAA